GUACUCGACCAAUCAUAUGCUUUCAUCGAAAUACAAGAUAUAUAAAAUGUUUUUCCUAACAUCAUAUAGAUAGCGCUGUAUUCAUUACAAAGAAGAAUCAAGUUCAAAUGGUAAGUCAAAAAAAAAAUCUUUCUCUUUUUAAAAAUUAUUUCAUAUUAUUACAAUUAUUUCCAAUAAAAUAAAUAUAACCAAUUAUUUAAUACGUUCUCCAUCAAAGGUUGAGUUAAAACAAUAAUAAUUUGAUAAAGACAACGAAUUUCACUGAAUUUCAACAAGUCGUUAUCUGUUCGAUUUUUUAAUGGAAGAUUACAUUCGCGUUGCCAAUGAGAAUAGAUACCAUAGAAACGUAAAUAAGCCUUUUAUAUUGCUUCUUUAUUUCUUUAGUUAUCAAUAGCGUGGGCAGUAACGUGCGUUUGUAUCCGCAAUAGUUGAUAGGUAACUUAUUGCUAUCAAUUCGUGGGACGGUAUAACACACACACACACACACACACCACGUCAAUUUACUUGUACGUAUACUUAUAUUGUAGAUAUGGAUUUACAUGCGCAAUACGAAAUAGCGAUUCAGAGAAUGGUUAAUUUAUUUGUGGAAUUUACGAAAAAAAUAAAGGCAAUGAAGUGUUUAACGCUGGAAAAAUUAAUCGAUGAGUUAAAUAUAUUCAAGAUUUUAAUCGAAAAAGAAAUGCGAACGACACCUAUGAUACGAAAGACGUACGAAAUAAAAAUACAUACAUGUCAAAAAGAUCUAAAGAUGGCGGUGAAGGACGUUGAUGCUUUACGCUGUUCGUUGGAAGAGGAAAUAUUAAAAUUCAACGAGUUUAAAGAGGAAACGAUUAUCGAUAUCGCAAAAGAAGAAUCGAUAAGUCGAUCUAUUACAGAAAUGGCGAAAAAAAAAAUGGCUGAACAAAUAGAAAAAUCUGAACAUGAAAUAAUGAGAAUUUGCAAAGAGCAUCAAAAUAAAAUGGAAUUACUUCGAACAGAAAUAGAUUCUUUCGAUGAAAAAAUAAAAUUGAUAAAUGCUGAAAAUGCUACACGAGAGAAAGAUUUACGAACCACACGUCUGAAGGUACAAAACAAAGCUAUUGAAGUUCUAGCAAAGUACGAUCGUGUAAUUGGCACUAAAUAUAAAUUAUUAGAAAAACUGACAAGCACAAAUAACGCUCUUAAAGAAGAACAAGAAGAACUUCGUACACGUUUGAUGGAUCAAAACGAAUUAUAUGUUCGUUUGAAGGAAGAACAAGAGAAAGAAAUAAUGAUAGCAUUUUUAGAAAGAAUGAAACAUUUUCAACAAAAUCGUGCGGCUAAGAUCAUCCAGAAAACGUGGAGAUUGUAUCACGAACGGCAGUUACUGAAGAGGAAGAAGAAAACAAGAAGGAAAUAGAUUUUUUGUUCGUUAGGAACGAAUAGUACAAUUAGGAAGUGUGGGCGUGCAGAUAUAUCUACGCAUACAUAUGUAAGUACGCAGCGUGGGAGAAGGAUAACAUGCGCCGGCGCGUCGUCGAAGCGCAUGCUCCGAAAUCGACACAACAAGGUUCGGGGCUUGGGGUUAAUAUUCGCUCGAGUAGGCCAGCCUAGCGUGGAAGAGAGGCCGCAGGUGGUCGAUCGUUACCGAGAGCUGUACUGUAGCCCGGGGACCGUAACGUCCUUUGAAUUUCGUUACAAGGAUUUUUUCUUUAAUGAAAGAGGAAUACGGAUUUAAACGAUGGGGAAUAUAAGAAGUUCUCCUCGAUUUCGAAGAUAAAUGUAAUAAAAGAUUUUUCAAGAAUACGUUGAUAUAGAGAACAAAAGGGAGAAACUUUCAAUUAUUACGAUGA